CGGGGCGGGGGCGCGCACGGCGGGAGCGGGGGCGCGCACGCCGUUGCCAAGCGGCGAGUUCCGGCCGCCGUAGCUCAAGAGAAAAGGAAGGAGUAACAUACUAAAAUGUCACCUGAAGUUGCCUUGAACAGAAUUUCUCCGGCGCUCUCGCCCUUCAUUUCCAGUGUGGUCAGAAAUGGAAAAGUAGGACUGGAUGCUACUAAUUGUUUACGGAUUACAGACUUGAAAUCUGGCUGUACGUCCCUGACCCCUGGACCCAGCUGUGAUCGGUUUAAGCUACACAUCCCUUAUGCUGGAGAAACACUCAAAUGGGAUAUAAUUUUCAAUGCUCACUAUCCUGACCUGCCACCAGAUUUUAUCUUUGGAGAGGAUGCUGAAUUUUUGCCUGAUCCUUCUGCCUUGCAUAAUUUAGCUUCUUGGAAUCCUUCAAACCCUGAAUGCCUCCUGCUUGUUGUGAAAGAGCUUGUGCAGCAGUAUCACCAAUUUCAGUGUGGCCGAUUACGUGAGAGCUCUCGUCUCAUGUUUGAAUAUCAGACUUUACUUGAAGAGCCCCAGUAUGGAGAAAACAUGGAAAUCUAUGCUGGCAAAAAAAACAACUGGACUGGAGAAUUCUCAGCUCGCUUCCUCUUGAAGUUGCCUGUUGAUUUCAGCAAUAUUCCUACAUACCUUCUCAAGGAUGUGAAUGAAGAUCCUGGAGAAGAUGUUGCACUUCUCUCUGUUAGUUUUGAGGAUGCAGAAGCUACUCAGGUUUUUCCGAAGCUGUACCUCUCCCCACGUAUUGAACAUGCGCUUGGAGGAUCAUCUGCCCUUCACAUCCCAGCCUUUCCUGGUGGAGGUUGUCUUAUUGACUAUGUACCCCAAGUAUGCCAGCUGCUAACAAACAAGGUACAGUAUGUUAUUCAAGGAUACCAUAAGAGAAGAGAGUACAUUGCAGCUUUCCUGAGUCACUUUGGAACCGGUGUGGUGGAAUAUGAUGCAGAAGGCUUCACAAAGCUCACUCUGUUGCUGAUGUGGAAAGAUUUUUGCUUCCUUGUUCACAUUGACCUACCCCUGUACUUUCCACGAGACCAACCAACCCUAACAUUUCAGUCCGUCUACCACUUCACCAACAGUGGCCAGCUGUACUCCCAGGCCCAGAAGAAUUACCCUUACAGCCCGCGCUGGGAUGGCAAUGAAAUGGCCAAGAGAGCAAAGGAGAACAGAAAUUUAUACAGACCAGUGAUAUGAACAGAAAAUAAAAUGUUUAAAAAGAAAAAAAACAAGAAAGUGAAAGUUUGGUGCAGAAAGCCAUAGGCAGAAACCAAAUGCAGAACAGUGAAGCAGCUUCUAAUGUAACUGGCAAAUAAACAGUAUCAUUGGGACAUAUAAAAUAUGUUUCUUACAUGGUUGAGUACUUCAGCAUAAUAAACUCAAAGAUACAGUUCAAACUCAAUUUUGGAUACUUAGGAUUAGCUCAUUUUACAGAUUUAUGAGUCACUCAGUCCUUUGUAAAGAAGGUAGACAAAGAUCCAAAAUAUACAAAGCACACCUUAAGAACAUUAUUCUAUAAAUUUUGAAGUUUAAUAAAAGGAAUUACAGUUUGUCCAAAGUUGUUAAUAUUUAUUCACUACAUCUUAUGUAAACCACUCCCAUGAAGAGUGAUGGUAUAGUGUCAAGGUUUCUGUAAGGAGACAGAUUAAGAACUUAUUUCCUGCACAUAUUCUGACUUCUCUUCAUGAUUUUCUUCCUCCAUUGACUUGACUGUAUUUGGGCCUUUGGUACUAUAUGUGAAGUUUUUUCCACAUGGGGG